CCGGCGGACCGAUUGCACUGAUCCCCCAGUCAGUGUCUCGACCCGCGUGCAGCUGGUGUGCGAGCCAGCCGCCCGGACCACCCGUUUUACUUAACUCAUUUUAAAUCGUUCCAUUAUGAAAUACUCCGAAUCUAAGAAACCAGUGUUCAAUUAAUAUGAGAACGUGCUAUUUAAAUUAAAUGUGAGACCGUAUUUUAGUGUUGUGGUUAGACUGUAAACGUGAAAUUGUAAGUUUUGAGAAACCGGAGGUGGCGCUAGAAAAAUAACUGUUAGGUUUAAAACAGCUAAUUCAAGAUGGCGGUACUUGGUAUGGUGUCCGCGGUGGCGGGCUUCGUCAAAGUCCGCUACCUGAUCGACAAGGCCGUGAUCGACAACAUGGUGUUCAGGAUGCACUAUCGCAUCACAUCCGCCAUGCUGUUCCUGUUUUGUAUACUCGUUACGGCCAACAAUUUAAUUGGCGACCCAAUUUCCUGUAUCACCGAAGGCUCGAUACCACAGCACGUGUUAAACAACUUCUGCUGGAUCACAUACACGUUUACACUGCCGUACAGCCCGGCCGUCCAGCACGCCCAUCCCGGCGUUAAUAAUCUUGGCAAUGAGAACAAUCACGGAGCGGAUGACAAACGCAUACAUGCCUACUAUCAAUGGGUGCCGUUUAUGCUUUUCUUCCAGGGUCUCCUGUUCUACAUCCCCCACUGGAUCUGGAAGAACUGGGAGGAGGGCAAAGUGCGUAUGAUCUCCGAUGGCAUACGUGGCACGGUGGCCAACAUCUCCGAUGACAGGAAUAAACGACAGAACCGACUCGUCGAAUACCUUAUAGACACUUUGAACAUGCACAACACCUAUUCCUUUGGAUAUUUCUUCUGUGAAGCCUUGAACUUUGUCAAUGUUGUUGGCAACAUCUUCUUCCUAGACAAGUUCCUCAACGGCGCCUUCUUGACAUACGGAACUGAUGUAGUGAGGUUUUCGAACAUGAACCAAGAACAGAGGACAGAUCCUAUGAUCGAAGUCUUCCCCAGACUGACGAAGUGUACAUUCCACAAAUAUGGUGCUUCUGGCUCAAUUCAGAAACACGACUCACUCUGCAUCCUUGCCUUGAACAUCCUGAACGAGAAGAUAUUCAUCUUCCUCUGGUUUUGGUUCAUCAUCCUGUCGAUAGUAUCGGGGCUGGCGCUAGUGUACUCAGCGGCUGUGAUCCUCCUGCCCAGCACCCGUGAACAAAUCCUGAAGCGUCGCUUCCGCUUUGGAACGCCGAAGGGUGUCGAGGCUCUUGUUAGAAAGACGCAGGUGGGUGAUUUCCUGCUGCUGCACUUGCUCGGGCAAAACAUGUCGAUGCGGGUAUUCGGCGAGGUCCUGGACGAACUGUCUCGGCGGCUCCACCUCGGGUCCAACCCGCCCUCCGCGCCAUCCACCAUCGAGAUGGCUCCCAUAUACCCCAAUAUAGACAAGUUCUCCAAGGAAACAGAGACGUAAGCGACGAUAUGUUUAAAGUAGUACACAAUUUUGUCCAGUAGUCAUUUGAUAUUCGGCAUAGUGCCUCUAUUAUCAAAUAAUGGGCAGGGAAAGAUAAUUUUAUCUUAAUUCUUGGUAAAGAGGCAUUCGAAGGAAAUGUGUAUUACUUUAUAUUGUAACUGGGUUUAUUAAUUUAAACCUUUAGAUGUUCCAGGUAACGAAAAUAGACGGUUCAUGACAUUCCUUUUUAUUAGAAUAGAGAAGAAGACGAAAACGUUGACUACGCAUGCUAAGAACUAAGCCUCGAUUUGCCUUUUUUCUAAGCUUAAGCUUUAACUUUGGGUCUCAAUGAAAUAAAUUAGUGUAAAAUAUUUUUUCAAAAUCGUACGUUGGUAUUUUGUGAAUAAAAUAGUUAAUAAAUUGAAUUUUAUAGUGUGAACGGAUAGAUGUAAGGAGUGAUCUAAUUGUUACGAUGUUUUAAAUUGUGUGAGACUGUCGCGUAAAAGACGAUGAUAUAUGUGAACUAACACAUUGAAAUUAUCGAAUUUUAGUAGUUAGAAAUUCAAUUAUCGUUACAAAACGAAGCAGUUUGUUAACUUUGUGUCUAAGAAAAAAACUCAAUCUCAAUAAAGAUGACUUUGCUAACAUAGACGGAAAAUCGCAGGGAAGGCCUCUUACAGGGUGGUUUAGACGGAACAUGUGAGAGAUAUUAUUCUAGUUCAAAUAUAAUAAAAUAACUCCUUUUUAGUUUUAAAAUAAGCAUAUGAAGACUUGUUCUAAUAUGCAAUUAGUGGUAUAACUAAAUAAAUGCUUUUAUCUCAAUACUUUUGCACUUUAACGAGUAAUUCCAUAUUUUAACAUUUUACACCUAAUAAUUGACGAUAUUACCUAUAAUAGACUUAAAUUUACACAAAAAAGACGAAUACACAUAUCAGCAGCAUGAAAUGAUAUAAUUUUACUUUUUACUAGUAAUAGGUACAAAUUAAUUACUUAAGUGGUAGGAUUUCGGUGCAAAUUAUAAGGUACUAAACGUGUAGAGAAUAUUUUUGUACUCAAGUAAGUGACUCGAAAUAUUGUGCCAUUGUAACAAAUCCUUGUUAUGCCUUUUUAGAUGAAAUUGGACACCAGAUUUGCAUUUCCUGACUUCCUACGAUACUUUGUACAAUGUUUUCCAUUUUAAUAUCUCGAAUGUUUUAUGCAAAUGAUAUACUUAGUUGUAGUUUAUAUUAUUUUCAGUCAUUUUAGCCAUAUUCUUAAGAGUAAGAUAAUCAUUUUGAAAGAAUGUCCUACAUUUCCCUGUAUAAUAAGUUGUAGUAAGACUUUACUAUUUCAGUUUUAGCAGUAUGCCUGUGACAUUAACUAUAUUAUUUUACUUUACUACAUAAACAAGAUAUUGUUUUUAUUAUUUCAUGGUAAAUACCUGUAGCCGAUCAUUGCGUACAAUUAUGUAAGAAAGACUGCUACUGUGAAAGUGUGUACACAUUUUCACGUAGUUUCUAUGUAGUUUGGUUAUAUUUUCUUUCAAAUAAACGAAUUAAAAGUU